GAGGAGAAGCUUUGAAUGUUCAGUGAGAGAAACCGCCGCGAUGACUGAACGUCGCUCCAGUCCGCGUAUACAUUUAUUUUAUGUAGUGAGCAUUUGUGCAACAUUUAUCGAUAAUAUCAAUGGACAGAGAGCACAGGUCCCAUGGACACAAGAUAAGAUCAGCCACAAGCCCAGCACCCUCAGCUCCAGUGACAUCACCAGGGUCCUGUCACACACAGACCUGAACCAGAUGUGGCAGAGGGACCUCAGGCCUCUGCUAGUGACACGGUACCCCAACUCUGCAGGCAGCCUGGCAGCGCAACAGCACAUCAAGAGCACUCUGGGUUCUCUGAGGGCAGGCUGGGAUGUUAAGGAGGACAAGUUUGAGUCACACACCCCUUACGGUCCCAUGACCUUCAACAACAUCAUCGCUACCCUCAACCCUUCCGCCAAGCGUCAUCUGGUGCUGGCGUGCCACUAUGACUCCAAGUACUACCCUCCCCAGUGGCAUGGGCGUGAGUUCCUGGGUGCCACGGACUCAGCUGUGCCCUGUGCCAUGAUAUUGGAGCUGGUACGGGCUCUGGACCAGGAGCUGAAGACUCUGAAGGGAUCCAAUCCCAACCUGUCUCUCCAGCUGUUGUUCUUUGAUGGAGAGGAGGCUCUGUUCCAGUGGACUUCUACAGACUCCCUGUAUGGCUCCCGCCACCUGGCCCAGACGAUGGAGAACACAGCACACCCACCUGGAGCCACAGACACCAACCAACUGCAUGGCAUUGACCUGUUUUUGCUCUUAGACUUGAUUGGAGGCCCCAGCCCACGCUUUGGCAACCAGUUCCCCAACACUGCCCGGUGGCUCACCAGAAUGCAGAACAUCGAGCGUCGUUUGCACAACACGGGCCACCUGAAGGACCAUCCAAACGAUGUACAGUACUUCUGGCCCGGUAUGCCUGUGGGUCCGGUGCAGGAUGACCACAUGCCAUUCCUCAACAGAGGUGUGCGUGUCCUCCAUCUCAUCCCCACCCCCUUCCCCUCUGUGUGGCACACGUUUGAUGACAACGAGCAGAACCUGGACCGCUCCACCAUCGAGAACCUCAACAAGAUCCUGCAGGUGUUCGUGCUGGAGUACCUCAACAUGACACCUCAAGCCCUGAAUCCCCAAAAUGCCCCCUAAAUGUUAGGGAUUCCCUGGUUCUAUUGGGGCCCCUUAACACAGCUCUCUCUUCACACACAAACACACACACACAGCCCAAUCAAUGCUCUGUCCCUAGGCUGCAGACUUCCCUAAAGGAUCUUCUGUGUGUCUGCUUCCACAGUGCUCUCUCUAUGUCCCUACUUCCCCUUCUCUUUCUGAGGAGCCAUGCUUUGUGCUAAUGUAUGUGCCCCACUAGCCAGGAGGAAGAGAGAGAGAUGCAGAUAGAUUAACAAGAUAAACAUUGAUUACUAGCUCCA